AUACACUGUCUUUCUUAGAAUACCGCUAUGUGGAUGUCACAUUUCGCGCUGUUCUUCGCGAUUUCGUGUGCAUUACGUUUUACCAAGGGCAUAGGAUCUUCCAAGCUACCGAAUAUUCUGUUAAUGCUGGCAGAUGACCUUGGCUGGUAUGAUGUCGGGUUCCAUAAUCCAAAGAUACAAACUCCCCACAUUGACAAGUUGGCUAAAGACGGAGUGAUAUUGGACAAUUAUUAUGUACAGCCAGUAUGUACACCCACUCGAGGAGCUUUGAUGACUGGAAGAUACCCCAUUCACACAGGUAUGGAAGGUAGUUGUUCUUGCAGUCAGUCGGGACACAAUGUUUAGAGGCAGGGGAUUAAAAGGGGGUUGCAGACGAAAUCACGGUACCCGGGUGGGUUCCAUUUUUAUCAUGGGAAAUUUUUGAUUUGUCUUAUCGGUGAAUAUUUCAAAUAAUGUAACUCAGUGAAUAAAAAUAAAAAAAGGAAUUCAGCUCCAAUUUACAUGACUUUGUUUUUAAAAUUGUACUCAUUUUAUUCCAUUCAUUAUUUUAGAGUUCUGUCUGACACUGUAACAAAUCAAAAAGCACUUUUUUAACACUGCAAAGAAAAGACCGAGUUUACUGAUAAGAUGCUAAAUAGCAUGGUUUCACAUGGAGUCAUAUAUAUCAUGGUCCUAGGAAAUAAUCUAGGCGAGCAGAGGCAGUAAAGUCGUUUUAUUAUUGCGUUACCAGAGGAUGUGCAGCCGGAUUAUGCUUUGUCCUCCAACUGUUCUGUUUAAUUUCUGUCCGUCUUCCUCUGUCCAAGUUAAAAAAAGGAAAGCCUUAAGAGAAUAAGACUUCCAUCGUAUUAUAUGGCACCCGAAAAUAUUUUUAAGUUAUUUUUUUGCGAGCUACAGCUUAAUGUAAGCUUUCUUACUCGCCUCAUCUCUGUAGACAAAAUUGAUUUUCUUUUUAAAAUAGAGUGCAUAGUGUAGGCUUUGCAUUCUCUUUAUGGGCACUUUUUAUAAAGCUAACGUCUCUUCGAUGUGGUCAUUGUUAUAUUUACAAAGUAAACUGAGUGUAUUUUACAAAUAAAUAAUGAAAUAUAUCUUUACCUGAUCUCUUAUGCCAUCUCAAUUGGUAAGUUUAUUUUGGAGACUAAAUAAAUUCAUUUUCUAAAUUACCAUAUAAAUUAACCUUUCUGAUGAGCAUUCUUUCAAAAACGAAACUUCUCUAGUAGUAACAACUGUACUAUUAACGUAGUUUUCAGAGAAAUAAUUGUCUUAACAAGAAAAAUUCACCUUAGUUUUCAGUACAGUUUCACUGAUGUACCGGCUAUAACUAAAUUUUGAUGUGCGGGGUUUUACCACUGCCGGGUUUCACGUAUACCCUCAACGAGCGCUGGCAAAACAGGAGCAUGACCCGGGGGGGGGGUACUCCCUUACAAGAGGCUAAUAGGGAUGUGCCGCUGGGGGGAUGGGGCCGCAUUUUCACGAUUGGGGUGACUAUAAUGGAGUCGCAUUUUCAAUAGAUUUACUAGAAUGGGGUCGCAAAUUUUCGGAUUUUAGGGGUAAGUAGGGAUUCAAAAUGGGAAGAUUCUCGGUUACAAAAUCAGGAAGUUGUUGUUCAUUAAAUUUAACAAUAAGCUCGCAUUGACCGCAUCACAUUCCGCCGCUUGAAACCACAUGAUAAGGUAGAUGCAUAAAUAGGAAGUGACUAAGUUGGGAUCGCGAAAAUUACAUUUUCCAAAAAGUGACUAAGAUGUUGUCUAUAAUUGGCCAACAAAUAGAUUAUAAUGGAGUUGGGGCUCUGAGAGGCUAGCGGCACAUACCCAGCAAACAUUAACCCAAGUACCCCCGGGAGCAUGAUAGAGGUUAAAGUCUUCCCUAAUGGCUACAUAGACCCUGAUAAACAGAAACUUGUACUUCGUACACUUGAGGAGGGUCGAACAAUAACUGUAUGUAAGCUGAUUUGAAUAAUCACCUUUCGCAUGAUAACUGAUUACAAUGACUUAAUAGUACUCGGGUACAUAUCUACAAAAAUCCCUGCACAUAGGCGAAACGCCAGUUUACAAGAAUGCUAUAUCAGGUGAUUUUUUUGUCUGAUGUGAUUGUUAUGUGAUCUCUUUGUCUGUGCUCAACAUUUAGAUGAGUAUCACAAAAAACCGAAAUAACACGAAGCCUGUUAAUAGACCUUUCCACAGUUCUCUUUUUUUUUGUUUUUCAGCUUUUUGAAAACAUGGCGGACAAGUUAGAGAAAGUCCGUCGUCUCCACUGUAAAUCAGUAAAACUGCCAAGUUUGAAGGCGAUUGUUGAAAACGAACUAAGAUAUAGCUCCUCAAAGUCCUGUCAGACGUUUGUAUGUUGGGGGGGGGGGCACAAACUUGCCCCCUCCCCCCUCCCCCCAAAAUACAAACGUCUGUAAAUUUUCGCAACUUUGCAGAGUUAUAUCUUCGCUCGCUUAAGACGUAUCACUUUCAAAUUUGGCACUAAUUUUAAUGCGCUCUUUCCAGUGGUGUCGAUGGAUUUUCGUCCUAACUGGUCCAUGGCAAGAGUUGAAAAAACUGUGAAAGGGUCUCAUUAGGUUAGCCCUCUACUUACAAACGACCAUUUUUUGAUAGAAACCGUCGUCGCCUACGGUUACUCUGGAACAUGAGUAAAGAUAAGUUUAAUUCAUAAAGAAGAUAAAAUAUCUGAAUAUAUUUGAAAGAGCUUCAAGCUUAGUUCAGAGACGUCGAGGCGAUACGUGAGUAGGAAAGACAGACAAGGAUUAAUUGUUACUGAUUUAUAUUGAAAUGUUCAUUGAUUGACUUGCGUUCUGUCAUAUAUUGAAUUGGUGUGACUCAGGUCCCGUUUCCACGUAAUUAUAGAAAAGAUAUUUUUUCUCGGCUUUUGUCCAUCUGCAACAAUACACAAAAGUGACUGAAAACGGUUCCGUCUUUGAUGAGAACAUGCGCAUUUACACUGGUAUCCAAUGCCGUGACGUAAUCGUUUACGGCGUUUUCAAAAAUCUCCACUCUGGAGAGCGUUUAUGAAAAGAUGCAUUUUCGGUGACGUUUUCUCCGGAUACGUGAGGACGGUAGGCCAAACCGGAAAAAAAAUUCUCCGUGCUCAAACGAAAAGUCUAAAUAUAUACUAAAUAUACAGACAGUCAAAUGCAAGAUGUUUGAGAUAACAGGCUGGCUUCAUCUUUGCUACCGUCGCCCGUGCUUGCUUUUUUUUUUUCACCAGGUCUUCAACAUGAUGUUAUUCACCCGGAGGACCCGUAUGGACUGCCACUGGACUUUGACUUGUUGCCGCAGAAACUAAAGGAAGUUGGUAAGUGUUGAUUAACGAAAAGCACAUAAACAGAGUCUAUGAUUAACAUCCGAUUUGGUAUCAUAUAAAUUGGUAAACUGGCCCUGUUAAGGUUACAUUUCUUAGGGUGGAUUUCCACUGUCACGUAAUUUUUACGUGAGUAGGCACGCAAAUUUUACGCGGGUAAAUAAAAUAGAGGCAAUGUAUCGAAGAUCAUGCAUAAACGUAAAAGCUGAACCUCGCUCACCUUUUACGUUUACGCGUGGCCUUUCAUACAUCGCCUCUAUUUCAUUUACGCGCGGAAAAAUUACGCGACAGUGGAAAUCAACCCUUACGGUGAAUUUCCACUGUCGCGUAAUUUUUACGCGCGUAAAAGUAAAUUUGAGCGAGGUUCAACUUUUACGAGUGCACGUGGCCUUCCAUACAUUACCUCUAUUUUAUUUACGCGCUUAAUAAAAUUUACGUGUGUACGAACGUAAGAAUUACGCGACAGUGGCAAAAACAAUUUUUUCUCUCUCUCAAAACGUAAAUGCUCUCGCUCAAAGUAUUCAACUUAAGGAAAGUUUUCCUGCGUUUGGAAACUUGGCCUAGUUAGAAUUAUCAAGAUGAAAAAGUUUGUAAGAACGCAAAAGCACUUGUAGAGCGAGUAUCUGGACAAGUAAGCAGAGGGUCAUAGGAGCUCACAGGUUUGUCUACUCGUUUGGGAGUACUCGGAUUUUUUCUUUCGACUCGCCUGUGUCACUGACAGAAAAAAAAAAAUUUCUCAACGCAAAUGCACUUUAUAAGUAACGACUCAGACGAUGAAGACUGGUCUGGCCAGCCGAAAUAUUGCUCUUGUUGUAUCAGCUUUGCAGUAGUUCUUUGAUUGCUUGUUGUAUUUUACUUUGUAAGUGAGCUUUUCGCUGCGGUCACCGUGUUGAUUGCUUAAAAGCAACGACGACGGCGACGUCAACGAGAACGGCAAAAAAGCAAUAGGUUUAGAUUAGCAAAACAACAACUUUGCACUUGCAUCACGCUUUUUUGUACACUGCUUUGCCGUCACUACAUGACUGCGACGUGAAAAUGCCUAAUUUCACGUUUUGUGGAGGACGUUAACACAAGACAACGACUAUUGUUUUCGUUUCUUGAACUUUGAUACUGUGUUUUAGAAUUCAACUCCAGAAAAAUUUGUUGUUGCUUAAGCUCUCUAUGUACUCAUCACCUCACCACCCCUUCGCGCCAAUUAAGCGAAAUAAAUAAAAUUAACCGGUUAUCAAUCUGUGCUUUUUUUUAUUUAUUUGACUUUUGCAGGGUAUUCCACUCACUUGGUAGGCAAGUGGCAUCUUGGUUUCUACAAGUGGCCUUAUGUUCCUACGAAAAGAGGUUUUGACACCGCCUACGGAUUCUGGGACGGAGCUGAGGAUCAUUUUGAUCACUCACGUGAUGGUGUUGUGGACUUUCGCGAUAACUUAGAACCAGUCUUCCACUUAAAUGGAACGUACGCUACUAACGCCUAUGUGGACGUGAGUAAAAUGUAGCCUUGUCUUUAUACUUACUAACAAAAAAAACUUAACGCCCUUGAGAAAAUAUCAGCAAGUUGGCGCCAUUUUCCAAUUUUUGAAAAUUGUGCAGUGGGAAAACAAUUAUGGUGGCUCUGAACCCGCUUCAUAGACAAGCUGAUUGCAAAUAUAAGUAAUCGAAAGAAAGUCAGGCGAUUGAGCUCAUUUUUAGUUAAAUGCAUUCAAAAGCAAAUUUAAGGGAAUUUUAGAUUAUGGCCGAUGCUAUCUCAAUUUGAAAUGUCAAAAAUUGGCACAUUACUCACGGUAGCGCCUUUCAAACACGCGUGUAGUUCGCACCCAUAAAAGUAUAACUGCCGAAAAAUACUGCAAUUCAUCUUAGGUUUUAAAAGAUGAAGAACUUGUUUGCUUUACAGAGGCGGUCACCUAAACCUGAUCGAUCCAUUCUUAUUUCCUUCGUAGCGGGUGGAAAAAAUCUUACACGCUCACGACUCAUCUCAACCAUUAUUCAUGUACAUGGCUUUUCAAAACGUCCAUGCGCCCAUCCAAGCACCGGAGAAAUACAUAAAAAAGUAUGACUUUAUAACGAACAAGAUGAGACGAGUUCAUGCAGCCAUGGCGGACAUUUUGGACGAGGCAGUUGGGAAUAUAACAGACGCGUUUAGGAAAGCGGGGUGAGUGGAACUCUAACAUAACAGGUGCAGCGUGAGGGCGGGUAGGCGGGGUGUGGAGUACUCGGGCGUAAAAGUAACCGAAGAAAGGGUGAAAAGAAAGGACUGGGGGACUAUUAUGGUCUGAAAGAUUUUAUAAGGACCUCUGAGGGUCAUAAAUGAAAGUCAAACUGCCUUUGACCGUUUCAUCUACAGACUAAAUCUGCAUUUGAUAAGGAUUUCUUGGCGGGGUUAUAAUUUCGUCUCAUUCUUAACUUCUGCCCCCGUCCUCAUUAUGCCUGAGUACCCUCCGGAUAUCACAAGUAGAGAUAAAGGUCAGGUGCUCUCCUAUGAAUAGAUUAAAAGAGUUAGAGAUCAAUUGAGGGGGAAAGUUAACAGUUUACCCACCAAACGAGAGUAUUAUUGAAACGCUACACCUUUGCAGUGGUCUAUUCACCAGAACCUUCGCGAACGCACAACAAUAUCACCACGAAUAUGCAUUCGGCUGUUGUGCUCUUUCUAGACUUAUCUGUAUAGCAUGCAUACCUGCCCAGGACAGAGUAAUUUACUUUUUGAUACCCAAUGUCAGUGUCCUCCGCUGACAAACCUUAGGUUUCCCGAGAAAGAUGUCACCAUCGUCACGCCACGAAAAGCCACAAAUCAUUCGCCUCUUUAAUCUGUGAAAAGAUCUUAGUUCUAAAAUUCUACUUUUGCAGGUUAUGGAACAACACCCUCCUUAUUUUCAGCACCGAUAACGGAGGCCUCCCUUAUUACGGAGGAUACAAUUGGCCUCUUAGAGGAGAAAAAAUGACACUGUGGGAGGGAGGGCUACGAGGAAUUGGAUUCGUGCACGGGAAUCGACUGGCAAGAAAGGGGGUGACGUGCAAGGAACUGUUGCACGUGACAGAUUGGUAUCCCACCAUUUUGGGACUCGCUGGUAAGAAGUUAUAACGCUAAAAGAUACAGUGAUCCGAAAUCUCUCGAAUCAUGUACAUCAAUGAUCCGAUUAAUCCUUUUCCAGGGUGGAUUCGUUGGUUCCUUUGAUGUAUAGCUAUGAUCCGAGAGAUGUCGGAUCACUGAUCCUGAUCAUCCCAGUGGAACGUAUUCUCUGUUAGUAUCUUUUCGCUACACAAAAACAGGACGUCAGGUUGUGUUUUCUUGUUCAAACGUAGAUCUAAAAGCACUUACUUUUCUCGUAGGAGUAUCUGAAAACCAAGAAAGUCCUAUUCCACUUGAUGGCUUUGAUGUGUGGGAAACAAUUUCGUUGGGGAAACCUUCCCCGCGCACUGAAAUACUACUUAACAUCGACGAGCCUGGAGAGGUGCCUCCUGGACCCGGUAUCCUAGGUGGUUACACAGGGGUCGCUCUCAGGAUGGGCGAAAUGAAGCUCUUGAUGCAGGUGCCAAAUGUCACGUGGUUUAAGCCACCCGAGAUUGGUGGUAAACCAGACAAGGAAUUACCUUUGGAUGCACUGUUAGAACUUCCGCAUGUGGUAGGACAAAAUAACGUAUCAGUACAUAAGCAAUGAGGACAAUAAUCUUGAGUGUCUUAAGGCCUAAGCCAAACGUCGAACUUUUCAUGGGAAGAACCCAACUCUAAUUUGGGUCGACCUAAAUUAAGUUAACAUCGUCUGUUGAGUCAGACGUCGAACUUAGGACGCGUCCAACCAAUCAACUGAAUCAGACCAAAAAGCUAUUUUAAUAAAUUUUCUCCCGAACGAGGCUAAAUAUACAUUAUCAUGCAAAUGUUUAAUUUAGUAGGUUUUAGUUAAUUUAUUAGUUUAGUCCGACGAUUAUGCCGGAGACGACCUUCAGACGGAUAGAACGUGUUGGACGAGCAAAACUCGUUCAGACGAACUUUCUUAACUAAGCCAGACGUCGAAAGUUUCAUGAACUUAAGUUCGUCUCGUGAAAAUUCGAAGUUUGGCCAAGGUCUAAGUCUCCUGAUUACUUUAUUUUUUGACAGAAUGCGUAAUAAAACACUGCACAUUAUAUCGAACAUGGCACACCCUUUUGUCUUUCAGGACGCGGUUGACAAAGUUGUCGUUGCGCUUUAUAACAUAUCCGCUGACCCAGAAGAACGCAACGAACUGUCUGCAAAGCUCCCGGAUGUCGUUGCUAAGAUGCAGAUGAGGGUGGAUGAUUAUAGGAAGUCUUCUGUGAGACCACUGUACCAGAAAAAUGAUCCUGAUGCAUUAAAGACUGCAAGGAAAAAUGGAAUAUGGGGCCCUUGGCGAGAAUAA